AUGUUCCCCCCCGUUGAGCAAAAGAUCCUGCAAAGCAACCCGGAAUUCGCAAAGCUCUAUCGCGUCAUCACCACUGCCAUCUUGAACCCGGAUGGCUCUACCAAGGAUGACGAUGAGGCCAAAGACCGGGCUGUAGUACAAAAGAAUUUGGACAAGCAUCGCCAGAAAGCGGCAAAGAAUUACCUCCUUGAACGCGCCAUUGCAACCGCCACGCCUCCCGAUCCAAAGCCCUCAUCGUCAUCAGCAGCCUCCACCAGACUCUCCCGAGCCAGCGAACGUCUCCAGCAGAAACAAUCACAAUCUUCGGCCGAAGCCACGCCCGAGGCGCUCCUUGAGCUGAUCCUCAUCUUGCCUUCGUUUCUCGAUACCGUCGAUACAUUGCCUCACGAUUCAAUCGCCUUGCUGCUUUCUAGCCCGCCGCUGUCUGAUUUUGAAGCUCUAUUACCCGAUCUGGCGGAUUUGAUAUCUUCCAACCUUCAUGCCUCUGCGCUGGGCCUCGCUCGCCUUGCCCAUCCCGCCACAAACCCUUCUUAUCUGCAUCGCUAUGUCGCCUCUCUGCCAAAAGAUUUUGCGAAUCUCAAUGCCAGUCUGGCUGCCGCCGAAGAGACUCUAAAAACAGCCCGCAUACGCACCAUCACUUCUCUCACUAACCUCCUUCAACUCUUCUCAGAGUGCCUCACUUGUCUCGUGCGUACAUUAGAGGCUAAACACGGCGUCAUUGCUCGUAGCCUGGAGCUUCGCGCCUCAGAUAUAUCCCUCGACGCGCAGCGCGCAGAGAAGCAGGCUGAGCAAACAAUGCUGAAGCUCAGAAAGGAGGUUUAUACUCCGCAGAGCAUAUCGGCUCUGCAGCACUACGUCACGCAUCUUAAAGACGCCAACACCCGAGUUGCUGAAAAGGUGCGCAACCUACAGGUUGACCUGGAAGCUUAUGAUGAUGAUGAAGAAGAAGAAGAAGACUCCCAAGAUGAAAUGGAAGAGAGCCUGGAGGAAGAAGGAGGAGGUUUGUCAGAAUAUGAGCAUGGAGGAGACUACCAAGACGAGGGACAGCACGUAGAGGAUACGGAACGAGACAUGGACUGCUUACGACUGUCAUGA